AUCGUGAAGCUUGGCGUCGAAAAGCUAUAGAGAUUCGUGCAAGAUUUGAUGCAAAUAAAAACGUUAAUAGUAUUAAACAUUUGAGAGCAUUAUUAGAACACGCCGAAAACGAACUUGAGAGAUAUCAUCCUACAGCUCCCGGAGGAACAAAAUGGGAAAGACAUAUUCCACCUACACCACAUGUCACCAUUCAGG